AUGUCAGAUAACAUGCAAAUUGAUUCGCCAUCACCACAAGAGAUUGAUGAGGGGUUGUAUUCCCGUCAACUUUACGUCUUGGGUAAAGAAGCAAUGCUCAAAAUGCAAAACGCCAACGUUCUUAUUAUAGGCUUGAAUGGAUUGGGUAUUGAGAUUGCCAAAAACAUUGCUCUUGCAGGUGUCAAGUCAUUGAGUUUGUACGACCCACACCCUGUAGAGCUCAGGGAUUUAUCAACGCAAUUCUUUCUUUCAGAAGCAGAUGAUGGAAAACCAACAGACCAAGUGAGCGCGGUGAAAUUGAGAGAAUUGAAUGCAUAUGUGCCAAUCAGCGUUGUUGAAAACAUCAAUGAGGAAACACUACUCAAGUUCAAGUGCAUCGUUUCCACAAAUGUCACUUUGGAAGAACAAGUCAGAAUCAACCAAAUCACACACGCUAACGACAUUGGCUACAUCAAUGCCGAUAUUCGAGGCUUGUUUGGCCAAAUUUUUGUUGACUUUGGCGAUAAGUUCACAAUUGUUGACCAAACAGGCGAAGAACCCUUGAGCGGAAUUAUCUCAGACAUAGACAAGGAUGGAACUGUAACUAUGUUGGACGACUCGAGACAUGGAUUGGAAGAUGGCGAUUUUGUCAAAUUCACUGAAGUUGAAGGAAUGCCGAAAUUAAAUGAUGGCAAUCCUCAUAAAGUCGAAGUCUUGGGGCCAUAUGCAUUCAAGAUCAAGUUGGAUGAGAGUUUCGGAACAUACAAAAAAGGAGGACAAUACACACAAGUUAAAGUACCUAAGGACCUCAAAUUCGAGCCACUCCUUGAACAAUUGAAGAACCCAGAAUAUUUGAUUUCUGACUUUGCCAAGUUUGACAAACCACCCCAAUUACACAUUGGAUUCCAAGCACUUCAUGCAUUCAAAACCAAGCGUGGUAGGUUACCCGCACCAUAUCAUUUGGAGGAUGCAAACGAAGCAUUUAGAUAUGCUCAGGAGCUCGCAACGCAGAACAAAAAUAUUGUGGAAGAAUUGGAUGAAAAGUACUUGAAGGAGUUGUUUUAUCAAGCUCAAGGUGAUAUUCCUGGUGUCGUUGCCUUUUUUGGAGGUUUAAUUGCACAAGAAGUGUUGAAGUGCUGCUCAUCAAAGUUUACACCAAUUAAACAAUGGCUCUAUUUCGAUUCUUUAGAAUCACUCCCAUCCGAAAAAGAGUUUCCAAGGAAUGCAGAGAAUAACAAACCAAUUGGAUCAAGAUAUGAUGGCCAAAUUGCCGUUUUUGGUAAAACUUUCCAGGACAAGAUUUUUGAUUUGAAAGUUUUCCUCGUUGGUGCAGGUGCUAUUGGAUGUGAGAUGUUGAAGAACUGGGCAAUGAUGGGAUUGGGUUCUGGACCAAAUGGUAAAAUUUUCAUUACCGAUAAUGAUUCCAUUGAGAAAUCUAACCUUAAUCGUCAAUUUUUGUUUAGACCCAAAGAUGUGGGUAAAAACAAAUCUGAUGUUGCCGCAUCUGCAGUACAGGCAAUGAACCCAGCCUUGAAAGGUAAAAUUGACUCUAGAUUGGACAAAGUUGGCCCUGACUCUGAAAAUAUUUUUGACGAUGGUUUUUGGAAAAACUUGGACUUUGUUACAAACGCUUUGGAUAACGUCGAGGCUAGAGAAUAUGUCGAUCGUCGUUGUAUCUUUUACAAAAAACCAUUAUUGGAAUCCGGUACCUUGGGUACAAAGGGAAAUACUCAAGUAGUCAUUCCAAACCUCACUGAGUCAUACUCUUCAUCUCACGAUCCACCAGAAAAAUCAAUCCCAUUAUGUACAUUGAGGUCUUUCCCUAGUAAAAUUGAUCACACAAUUGCGUGGGCAAAAUCAUUGUUCCAAGGCUUUUACGUUGAAGCACCAGAAAGUGUUAAUUUGUAUUUGAGCCAGCCAAACUUUGUAGAGCAAAGCUUGAAACAAAAUCCAGACAAAAAGGGAACAUUGGAGAAUAUUUCCAAGUACCUUAAUGAACGCCCAUACACUUUUGAUGACUGCAUCAAAUGGGCUAGAUUGGAAUUUGAGAACAAAUUCAACCAUGAUAUUAAGCAAUUGUUGUAUAAUUUCCCAGCCGACGCCAAGACAUCUACUGGUGAGCCAUUUUGGUCUGGUCCAAAAAGGGCUCCAACACCAUUAAAAUUUGAUAUCAACAAUAAGGAUCAUUUUGAUUUUAUUGUUGGUGGUGCAAACUUACUUGCAUUCAUCUAUGGUUUGAAAGAGCCUAGUGCCACAGUUGAGGAUUACAAAAAGGUUUUGGAUAAUAUAACGAUUCCUGAGUUCAAACCCAAGACAGGUGUUGCAAUUGCAGCAACCGAAGCUGAGGCUGAAGAACAGGCCAAUCAGUUGUCUGGAUCAUUUGAUGAUGAAGAGGUUAGAAAGAUUGCUGCUUCAUUGCCGGAACCUAGUACGUUGGCUGGAUAUAGACUCACUCCCAUUGAGUUUGAAAAAGAUGACGACACAAACCACCACAUUGAAUUUAUUACGGCUGCAUCAAAUUGCAGGGCAUUAAACUAUGGAAUCGAGACUGCUGAUGCAUCAAAGACCAAGUUUAUUGCUGGUAAGAUUAUUCCUGCCAUUGCUACAACCACUGCGUUGGUUACAGGUUUGGUGUGUUUGGAGCUUUACAAAGUUGUUGAUGAAAAAGACGAUAUAGAGCAGUACAAGAAUGGGUUUAUCAAUUUGGCGUUGCCAUUCAUUGGAUUCUCGGAGCCAAUCAAAUCGGUCAAGGGCAAAUACGGUAAGAAGGAGUUUGACACAGUGUGGGAUCAAAUUGUUAUUGAAGACGAUAUUACAUUACAACAAUUAUUGGAUAAAUUUCAAAAAGAGGAUGGGUUGGAGAUUUCAAUCCUCUCUUAUGACGUUGUUGUGCUCUAUGCCUCAUUUUUCCCAGCCAAAAAGAACCAAGAGAGAUUAGGCAAACCAAUUUCUGAAUUGAUCAAAAUGGUGAGCAAAAAAGAGAUUCCAUCACAUUUGAAGUAUCUUGUCCUUCAAGCAUGUUGUGAAGACGAGGAUGGUGAAGACGUUGAUAUUCCUCCAAUUAGUGUAAAAUACAAUCCAUAA